CUCCAAAAAUUAAACUCUCACUUUACGGUAGUGGGCAAAAAUGGAUUAUCCACGAAUCUGGUCCCAGCAUUGUCAGAUACUUCAGCCAACCUGGCCAAUUAGAGUUGUUGUUGGUACUCAAGUUCUUGAGUUUCCGUAGAGUCCUUCUCCCCCCCCUUUCAAGGCAGAGAAAGUGUCCAGAGUGUCUGUAGGGCGGGUUCGAACCAGGAUAUGAACCCGGAAUCCCCUGCCAGGGCGACCGCAUUCACCCCGCUCCAAGUCCGAGGACGAUCCACCAGCCUGAAACGCCCCGUCAUCCAUUCCUUGUUCCAGGAAGACCCCGAAGAAGUGCCAUCUGUUCCUCCGCCCGCCAAAAGGUCACUGCUACGGGUGGAGGACCCGCCUACCCAGGGUAAACGGCUCAGAGCCGAAGGUAUUUUCUUAGCGGAGCAAGGUCGUUUUUGGCAAGCCAUUCAUUUGUGGAAUCAGGCCCUGGACAUCCUGCCCCAGGAUGUGAGACUACUAGAAAUGAAGGCUCAAGCCUUGAUCCAAGUCCAUGAAUGGGAGCCAGCCAUUGAGAUUGGUCGCAAGGUCACUCAGAUCGAUCCUUUGUGGUGGGAGGGCUAUCAGACCUGGGGUCGAGCCUUAGUGGGCGGUGGGCGAGUCCCGGAAGCCCGUUGGGCGUUCUCCAAGGCAGCAUUCUUGAACCCAAGCGAUCGAGAACUACGUAUCGAGGAUUUGCUUUGGUCACAGGAGUUAUAUCGACAUUGGAAAGCGGAACAAGAGGCACGCCGCCCAGUGACUGAGAUCUAG